UGUUAAUUUUUAUCAGUGUCCGUCGGGGUCUGUUGUUUAUUUUGUAAUAAUAUACAAUUAUAAAAUAUAAACAUUUUACAAAUGUUUAGUGUAUAAUUAUUAUUAAAUUUAAAUUUAAUAAGCUUAUUUAAAAACAGUGGUCUAUACUAACUAUUGAGUAUUGCUUUAUACGAUUUAACAAACAACUACUAGAUCAACAGCCAAAUUUCAUACAAUUUGUCAAAAUGGUAAAGAAACGUAAAAGUGUGUUAAAAUCAUCUGCUCAAGUAAUUGAUUCACCCAUGAAGGAACCGCGAAUAAUAAGAGGUAAUCAGUUAGAAAAAGCACGCAACAGUUUAAAUGAUGCUCUUGACACUAUUGCUAAGAAAGAGCAAAAAAAAACUGAAAUUACAUCAGAGAGUGAUGUUGCAAUUUUAGAUGAAAAUGAAACAAAUAAGAAAUUGAAAAAAAAUGAAUCAAAACAAGAAGUUAAAGAUUCGUUAGUAUUGAAAUUACGAGAUCGUAGUAUUGACUUGGCUUCAUUUACUGAAGAUACAUCCAUGUACACUAUUUGCAGAGCAUGGAUAAAAAAUGAUCCAUUAUCGGCAAGACAAUCCAAAAACAAGAAAAUUGAUAAUUUAGAACAUUCUUUGAAAAGUGAAAAUGAAUCAUCUGUUUCUGAAGACUUUGUAUACAAAUUACCUACACCAAAAAGUAAAUCAGAAAUUGGAAUUAAUGUUGAUUGUAAAGUACCACACAACUUACCAAAAGAUACUUCAUCAUCAUUAGAUUUGAAAGACAAACUAAGUGAAGUCCCAACUAUAAAUGAACUUCUUAAUGAACACCACAAAAGAUGGGUUUGUGUUCGCCAAAAGUGGAUUACAUUCAGCAACCAUAAUGAAUCCCGCUAUGUUUUGUCAAAAAAUGCAUUGAGUGGUAUGUUAAAUAAGGAUAACAAUGUCUAAUUCAUUUUAUUUAUAAAAUUCUACAAGUGUCAAUAAAUGUUUGACAAACUGUGUACAAAGUUAAGUGUGUAUUAAUUCAGCUUAUAAAUUAUUUAAUAAAAUCAAUAAGGUUCUUUUUCAA